GUGUACGAGGCAGUCCCAUGCUACACUGAGUGCAAUCAGUAUUCUUGGGUGGUAGAACCAUGGUCUCCAUGCAAAAUCAACAGUGAACAAAAUUCCCUCCACUGUGGAGAAGGAAUACAAACGAGGAAAGUCAGGUGUGUGAGUACCGCUGAGGACCAUGGAGGGGGGACUGUGCCCAACGCACUGUGUAAUCAGGCUGAAAUCCCAGAUACAAUGCAGAAGUGUAGCUUGUACUGUCCCAGUGAGUGUGCAGUGUCUGACUGGGGACAGUGGAGCAAGUGUCCACAGGUGUGUGAUCCGAAUAUUAUGCAAACCCGAACUCGACAAGUGCUAAGGUCUUCUGUCAAUACAAAGCCCUGCCCUGAAGAUUCACAAAUGAAGCCAUGUAUUCUUAACCAAAAUUGCUUCCAAUAUCAGUACAAUCUAACAGGCUGGAGCGGGUGCCAGCUGGGUGCCAACGCCACUUGCGGGCACGGAGAACGGCGGCGCCUCCUGAGCUGCCGGCGCAGCGACGGGGCCACCGUCAGCACGCAGCUCUGCCAGCGGCUUCGCCUGGAGAAGCCCGUGCAGACGAGCAGUCGGUGCGUGGUGGGGUGCGCGGUGGACUGCCGGCUCUCGGCAUGGUCAGCCUGGUCGCAGUGCUCCCACACGUGUGGCGCCGGCGGCCAGAUGGUGCGUGGGCGCUCGGUGGUCCUGCGGGCAGCGGGCGAGGGCAGACCCUGCCCGGAGCAGCUCACCCAGCACCGGAGCUGCCCGGUGAAGCCCUGCUACAGCUGGCUGCUGGGCCCGUGGUCUCCCUGCAGAAUCCAGGGUGGACAGUGUGGAGAUGGAUUGCAAGUCCGCAAUCUCACAUGUGUAGUGCAUGAUGCAUCUGUUUCUGUUACAUCCAAACCAGUAGAAAAUGCAUUAUGUGGUGAGCUGCCAUCGAAAGAGAGUGUGCUGCAGUUACCGUGCUCUGUGCCUUGCCCAGGUGACUGCCACCUGACAGAGUGGUCAGAGUGGAGCUCCUGUGAGCUCACCUGCAUCAAUGGCAGGAGCUUCGAGACAACAGGGCGCCAGUCUCGAUCCAGGGCGUUUAUCGUUCAGUCUCCUGAGAACCAGGAAAGCUGCUCUGGACAAGCGAUGGAAACACGACCUUGCUCAGGAGGGAAAUGCUAUAACUACCUGUGGAAAACCAGCCUUUGGAGAGACAAUGUACGCACGGUGUGGUGUCAGCGCUCGGAUGGAGUAAAUGUCACAGGAGGGUGUGCUUUUCGGACAAAACCUGCAGAAGUUCGGCACUGCAGCCCAGCGUGCAGAAAACCGUUCUCCUACUGCACACAGAGAGGAGUCUGCGGUUGUGAGCGAGGAUAUACAGAAAUAAUGAGAUCAAAUGGUUUCCUGGAUUACUGCAUGAAGGUACCAGGUUUAGAAGAUAAGAAAGCUGAUGUUAAGACCAUUGCUGGAAAAAAUAAACCUGUCAACUCAAAAAUGCAUGACAUUUUCAAAGGAUGGUCUAUUCAACCUUUUAAUCCAGAUGGUAGGCUGAAGAUGUGGGUAUACGGAGUAUCAGCUGGCGGGUUCCUCAUCAUAGUUUUCCUGAUUUUUACAUCCUACCUGAUGUGCAAAAAAACAAAGCAGCAUCAAAGUACUCCUCCGCAGCAGAAGCCUCUAACCUUAGCCUAUGAUGGAGACAUUGACAUGUAACAUAGAAAAGAAAUCCAAAUGUAGACAUCAACUGCCUUAACUGCUUUCUUUUUUGGAACUCUCUGACUUCUCAGUUUUUUGAGGAAUCUCCUGAUGCGUAACAUACCAGGCAGAACAGAAGAAUUGCAAGCUUAAAAUUUUGCCAUCUCUUUAUUAAAAAAAAUGGAGUCAAAGACUUGGGUUUUGUGAAACUUUUCUGAAGAGACCAGAGAAUACAUCUCUUCCUGUUGAGCAAUGGGAAUAAAAAAAAGAGAGAAUCUACAGACAUCAAAAGGAAUUAGUAAAAAAAAAAAAAAAAGGCAUGACAAUCCUGAGGAAAAAGUGACAUUUACUGUAAAUGACAAGUUUGACACAGCAUCAUUAUGCACUAUAUUAGUGCAGGUUCUUUAUUCUUCACGUAUUUCAACAAUGAGUUUUCUAGUGAUUACAUUUCGUUCAAAGACUUUAAAAGCAGAUCAUGUAUUUUGAGAAACGCAAGGAAGAAUGAGUUGAAGUGUCUGAAGUUACCAGGUUUUUUAAAGUUUCUUCCUUCUUAUCCUGUUUUCUAGUCUGGAAUAUGAUUUUGCUUCAUUUCCACCUACAGGACAGAAUAA